AUGAAUGAUAGACUUAAGGAAUUGAAAAAUUUUAGGUAACAUGAUGGAGGAUAAGCGAACAAUAAUCCAAGCAAAGUUAUGAAGUAAAGUGUAGACUUAGAAAGCCAACUCAGUGAUUAGUCUAUGAACCUUGUCCCAAAAUAUUUUUAAGAUGAUAUAUAGAAUUCAAGAAACUUAAUUGAAAAAAUUAAAGCUAAUACCACAUAGUUAGAAGAACUUAAAGAUGAAUACUCUUAAGCUACCAGAUCAGCUAAAGAAAAAGAAUUAAGCGAAUUGAUUGACAUGAAUUUGACUGAUAAUACAAAGUAUGUAAAUUAACUGAAGGGUAUAUUAGAUAGAAUUGGUUUAGAUGUCAAGCAAGCAAAAGAAGAUAAGGAUAGACAAGGUGAUGCAUAAAAGAAAUAAAAUCUAUAUAAUUAAAUCGUAUAAGCUUCGCAAUAAACCUUACUUGAAUCUUAAAAAGCUUAAGAUGCUGCUAAAAUAGCUUUGAAAAAUAAAACAUCUAGAUAAAUAAGAUUAAUUUCUCCUGAUAUGACUGAUGAGUAAAUUGAAGAGAUAGCUGAAGAUCCAAACAGGGCUUAAUAAAUAUUUUAAUAAAAAAUGUUUAACAGUGCUAGCAUUCAACUUUAAAAUGCAGUAUCUGACGUAUAAGAUAAAUAUAAGGACAUCCUUAAAUUGCAAAGAAGUAUUAUGGAGUUGCACAAAAUGAUGCAAGAUCUAGCUAUGUUAGUCGCAUAUUAAGGAGAAGUUAUAGACAAUAUAGAAGUUUUAGUUGAGUAAACUGUGAAAAAUGUUGGUAAAGCAAAUAAAGCUCUUACAAAAGCUAAAGAGCAUCAUUAAUCUGCUAAAAAAAAAAUGUGCAUUUUAUUAGUUAUAGUUGCUGUCGUUUUAGCCAUUAUCUUAGGAACUACUUUAAAAUGA